CACAAAAUGGAAACCAAUUUACUGUUCCAAAAGUUUAACAUGAAGAGGCAAUUGUGCAUUUUACAGCAGGGAUUAAAUGGACAGAAGACAACAAUAUUGCACUUACCUCAAUCAUUGCCUUAAAAGACUUCAGAGAAGAAGCUGUUAUUAGUUGCAUUCUGAACAUAAAAGGCAAACAAAAAUGACUGAUUUUUUUAUUUUUUAUUAUGUUGCUUAUUUUAGCUAUGUAGAU